AUGGUCCGCUCAUCAAGCAUGCUGCGACAAGCAGCGCAGUCUCUCCUGCGUACACCGCAUCCGGCCCUCUUGCUCUCUUCAGCCGUUCGGUCUGCGCUGACUCCAUCCACCAAAGCACCCCUCGUCGCGCUAGAAUCCACCAUCAUCACACACGGUCUUCCCUAUCCACUUAACCUCGAGGUGGCACAGGAGCUCGAGCAGACGAUCAUUGACCACGGCGCGGUCCCAGCCACCAUCGCUCUUCUCGAUGGUAAGCCCUUGGUUGGGCUCGAUCAGCCGCAGCUCGAACGGCUAGCACAAUGCGCCAUCGACCAGACCAAGAACGAGGCGAUCAAGGCUAGCAGGAGGGACAUCGCACACGUUCUUGCCAAGGGCAAGGGAACCGUCGGAGGCACCACAGUCAGCGGUACCAUGGUCCUCGCACAUAUGGCCGGCAUCAAGAUUUUUGCCACCGGCGGUAUUGGCGGUGUGCAUCGCGGUGCCGAGUCCACCAUGGACGUCUCUGCCGACUUGACCGAACUCGGCCGCACCCCCGUCGCCGUCUUUUGCUCGGGCCCCAAAUCCAUUCUCGACAUACCACGCACGCUCGAAGUGCUCGAAACCCACGGCGUCUCGGUCACGACCUUCAAUUCGACCGGCGAGUUCCCGGCUUUCUACACUUCCAACUCGGGCCUGUACGUGCCUUAUGCUGGCACCGACGCCCAGGCUGCUGCCUCCAUCUUUGUCAAUCACCAACUCGGUCUCGAGAGCGGUCAGGUGUUUGCAAAUCCCAUCCCCUCGGAGUGGAACGAGGUUGGUGCCAGGAUCCAGCAGAGCGUCGAGCAGGCCGUGCGCGAAUCCGUCGAGCAGGGAAUCGCGAAGCGAGGGAAGGAAGUCACACCUUGGCUGCUCAAGCGGCUAGCCGAGCUGAUUCCCGAGAGCAAGAAGAGCAACCGAGCGCUCGUCGUCAACAACGCCAAGAAAGCCGCACAGGUGGCCGUCGAGUUGCAUCACAUCGAGAAGGAUGUCGAACACGCAGGGAACACUCAUGCGCUCGGCGCGAUCGAUUCGACUAGUUCUUCGGAGGCAAGAAUCCUCAUCUUUGGCGCAGCGGCGGUCGACAUCACCUCCCGAACCAAUUCGGCGGGAGCGGUCAAGCUGGCAGCAACAACCUAUCCUGGUCGCGUCUCCGUGACCCUCGGCGGUGUCGCGCGCAACAUGGCCGAGACGGCCACUCGGGUUCUGCAGCCCACAGCCUCGCCUGCCUCUGUGUCACCCGUCAAGCUCAUCUCGCCGCAUGGUAGUGACCAGUUUGGUCUGCUCUUGCGGACAGGCAUGCAGCAGAUGGGAAUGCGCACCGACGGACUGUUCGUCCCAGCCGGUCCCAGCAGGGACAGCAGGACUGCGGUUUGCUCGUUGAUGCUCGAAGACGGAGGAGACCUCAUCUCGGGCGUCGCCGACAUGGACAUUGGUCAGACAGCGCUAUACCCACGGCAGGGCUUGGAGCAUGGGGGUCUACAAAGCAUGUUGCUAGACGAGACGCCAGAAAUGGUUGUCUUCGAUGGCAACAUUGGGGCUGAGCAGGCGGCGGAAUUGUUGACCGCCUGCGAGACCUACAAUGCCAACACAAAAGGCAAGAGGGGGAGUCGACGAUUGCUCACUCUAUUUGAGCCGACCAGCAUCGCCAAAUCGACCAUCGUGCUCCAACACUUCGCUAGCACCAAGUCGAAUCGUCCCAAAUCACAGCCAAUCACCUUUGCUACACCGAAUGCAGUGGAGCUCGAGCAGAUCUACUCGCAAGCGCAUCAGCUCGGUCUCGUCCCUUCUUCGUCCUCGACCACUCCAGAGCCGAGCAUUGACUUGGCAGCGAUCGAUCGAUCCACGCUUCUCAAGGCACAGGCGUUGGUCGACGCCGGGAUUUUUGCGACUGUUCUGCUCAAAGUCGGCCGUCACGGAGUCGUCACUGUCGACGCAGAAAGGAUACACCAUCAUCCGAUCCCGGCAGGCGAAGUGCAAGUCGUCAACACCACCGGCUGCGGCGACAGCUUUGCCGGCGCGUUCGUCGCUACACUUUGCCAUCUCCUCCAGACCCGGCCAUCCGAGGAGUGGUACAAGACCCUCGACACGGCUGUCGAGAUCGGUCAGCUUGCCGCUCGCAACACGCUGGCAUCCCAGAAUGCGGUGGGUGAAGGAAUGCACCUUUUGCUUCGUCAUCACACAUGA